AUGGCGGAAAAUCCCGAACCGGUAGUCUUGGCUACUGCAGCGGACGAGGAGUUAGUGGCCGAGGCGAACGACCAGGCCUCAGUCACCGACCCUCCCCGAGAGGACUUCCGCGUGCUCUGCACCUCGAAACGAGCUGUGUCGGAAAUGCUAGCGCUGUGCGCCUGCUUCGUGCAGAAGCUCGGGGAUUCGUUGCCAGAGGAGAUUCGGGCACCGGCGCUGCGGGAUGCACAGUGGAUUUUUGAAUCAGCUGUGUAAGAGAAUGUCAGCAUAAAUGGAGAAGCAUGGCAUGAAGCUUCAGAGAAUUAUAUUACAGAGUCUGACAUCAAAGAACUUGAAGAUCAUUUUGAUGAAGUCAUAGUAGACACAGCCACAAAACGUAAGCAGUAUCCCAGAAAGAUCCUUGAAUGUGUCAUCAAAACCCUAAAAGCCAAGCAAGAAAUUCUGAAGCAGUACCACCCAGUUGUCCAUCCUUUGGAUCUCAAAUAUGACUCUAAUCCAGCCUCUCGAAUGGAAUAUUUGAAAUACACAGGGAAAACUAUAGCUAAGGAGAUCAGUGAUGCCAUGAAGUCUUUACCUGCACUGAUUGAACAAGCAGAUGGAUUUUCUCAUGUUUUAAGGAUGCAGCCUGUUAUUCAACUCCAAAGGAUACACCACGAAGUCUUUUUGAGUCAUAUUGGGAAAACAGACAUUAAACCUGAUAGUUUUAUAACACACUUAGAAACUACACCACCACAGACUGCUGCCAGGAAAACCACUAACUUGGUACUGAAUAGAAAAAGACCUAAAGACUGCCCUCAGAGAAGAUGGUAUCCAUUGAGGUCAAAGAGAAUUCAUCUAGAUACAUAG